GACUGACAACUCAUGGGGCCCCCGGGCAAUAGGGGAUCAAAAAAAAUCAAAAAAACCUAUGAAAAAGGGGUGGACUGACAACUCAUGGGGCCCCUGGGCAAAAGGGGAUCAUGGGGCCCCUAUGUCCUUGCCCACACUCAAACCACACCCAAAAAAGCCUAUUAAAAGGUACCAGGGGCAUCUCAUGGGGCCCCCUACUGACCCCGGGACCUCGGGCACUGCCCGAGUUCCCAAAUGGUCAGUCCGCCCC